AUGAAUCCGGACGCGCUCCUCACGAACCUCAACCCCUCACAACAAGCAGCGGUCUCUUCCUUUGCCGAUACAUUGGCCAUUCUUGCUGGUCCAGGGAGUGGCAAAACACACACCUUGACAUCGCGAACAGCAUGGCUUCUCUCCCAGGGUCUACAGCCAUGGAACAUAAUUGUCGCAACGUUCACGGUGAAGGCGGCGCGAGAGAUGAAAGAAAGGAUUGGAAAACUUCUUGGAAACGGCCUCGAAUCGAAACUUGUACUUGGAACUUUCCAUAGUAUAUCGCGGAGAUAUUUGGCGCGAUAUGGCCAUCUGAUUGGUAUCAAGAAGGACUUUGGAAUUGCUGAUACUGGGGACUCGGCCGCGAUCAUCAAACGGAUAUGCAAGCGCAAUAAUUAUCUCAUGGAUCCGAAAGUCGCGCGGUCGCGGAUUAGUGGACGCAAAGCCAGAGGAGGAGUUGUACAGGAGAAGAGCAAGUCCGGAGCAAAGUCGGUGGAAGCGCAGGAAUUUGAUGCCAUAUACACUGCGUAUGAAGAGGCCCUCAAGGUUUCUAACCUCUUGGACUAUGAUGAUCUUUUGCUUCGAUGCGUGGAGCUUCUGCGAGAUCAUCCAGAUUGCGUUUCAAACGUUGAAGCGGUUCUCAUUGAUGAAUUUCAGGAUACAAAUCUCGUUCAAUUUGACCUUAUGAGGUUGUUCGCCUCACAGCGAAAGAGAAUCACCAUUGUGGGAGACCCUGAUCAAAGCAUCUACGGAUUUCGUGCCGCCGAGAUCAAAAACUACAAACGCAUGCUCCGCCAAUAUCCGGACACCGUAACAAUCGCCUUGGAGGAAAAUUACCGGUCAUCCGCCUCGAUAUUGAUGUCGGCGCUAAGUGUUAUUGAACAAGAUGAUGCGAGAGUGAAGAAGUCAUUAAUGCCCACUCAUCUCGUUGGGACACGGCCAGUGCUCAGAAAGCUCGCUGGAGCGUACAAAGAAGCUGAAUGGAUUGUUACCGAGAUCCAGAGAUGUCAGGGUAUGACUGGUGGUUUAUUGGAUCUGAACGAUUAUGCUAUUCUUCUACGCUCUUCGGCACUUUCGAGACUUAUUGAAACUGCACUGGGAAAAGCCGGAAUUGCAUAUAAAAUGGUUGGCGGUCUCCGUUUUUAUGACCGGAUGGAAAUCAAGACAAUCCUGGAUUACCUUCGAGUCAUCAACCAACCGGACAACAAUGAUGCACUCGCUAGAAUCAUCAACACGCCCUCUCGACGUAUUGGAGACGCCACAAUCAAGUCUCUGUUAGAAGAAGCGGACCGGAAGAAAGUAACACUUUGGUCAUUACUGUUGGGAACUGUACAGGGAAGGCAGGCGACAACCGUCAAGAUACAGAAGCAAGCCGAGCAAGCAUUGUCGAAAUUUGUCAAUAUCAUUUUGACUGCUCAAGGAAAGUUGAAGAGUGCAGCGAAGGAUGGCCCAGCUACCGUCGAGCUGAUAAACUUUGUGUUGGAAAAGACCAAUUAUGAAAGGUGGCUAGAAGAGCAUCACAACGACGUGACGAAAGCCCGAUGGGAUAAUGUCAAAGAAUUAAUCACACAAGCUGCGGAUUUCCAGGAUCUAGUCACAUCAGGCUAUGAAGAUGAGGCACUGCCGGAAAUUGAGGGGCUUGAGCAGCAGGAUGACGAUAAUCAUCUCUCAAAAUUCCUUUCAAAUGUGGCUUUGGCAUCGGAGGUGAAGAACGAUGAUGUAGAGGGGACACAAACGGCACAAGUUACUAUCUCGACUAUCCAUGCUGCCAAAGGUCUUGAGUGGCCUGUAGUUUUCAUCCCUGCGGCGUACGAGGGUUCUAUACCUCACUCAAGGGCGGACGACGUCGAUGAGGAGAGGCGACUACUUUAUGUGGCAAUGACAAGGGCAAAAGCGUUGCUCUACAUGAGUGUUCCUCUGAAAAACUCUCAAAGCGAAGCAACAACGCUAUGUCCGUUCCUCACAUCCACAUCUCUAAUCAACCUCUUAGAAAAGAGAGGUCCGUCUUUGGGUUCCUCGAUGGUGCAAUCCAUGUCGCAAAUUCUCCGACGAACUUGUCCUACCCAAAAAGGAAUAGCAGAAUCAUCCUCAUUUCUAAGGAGCAUCGAAGAUGAUCUGUUUCCUGAGGAUGGCGAAGAGAGUGGUGAAAGUAAUAGUCGAUGGAAUUUGGAAAUGUCUGAUAAGAAUGGGUCGAACUAUCUCAACAAUCAGCAGGCUCCUAAGCGGAGAAGAGUGGAGUUUGGACGCUCAAACAGCGAUAUGGCUCCUACAACAGAGCAACAGUGGAAGCCAACUUACACCACGACUAUGGCACGAGCGGCGACGUUUACGGCGCCUUCUUUGACUAUGAAUAGUGGGUUUGUGAGUGCCGGAUCACAUCUGCAAGUUCUCAACGAGCAGUCUGUCAAUGCUGUGAUUGAAGAAAAGCAGAAUUCGAAAAUGGAAAAACAAAAGUCUAUUGCCAAGGGCAAAGCAAAGAAGCUUGAGGGCCAAGGAAAUCUGUUGGCUUUUCUGGGAAAGCCACAACCAGAGAAAUCAAUUGUAAGCGCCAAAAGUCUGGCAGAUCAGAAGGGUGUCACUUCGUUUUCGCAAAUACCAGCAACUGCCAGCCAAUUCAAUCGGCCGCGCAUCAGCACUACUUCAAGUAGUGGCCAUGGUAUAGCACCUGAUCUUGCAAAUCAUCGAAUUGGCUCAUCAAAUAAGGGGAGUCUGACGCGAGCAAGAAUAUCAAAUUUGAGUUCACAUUCGCGAAAUGACUACGUCUUCUUGUCAAGCUCUCCACCUAGGCCAGCAGCUCCCAUCCUACGAGAGGAGUCACCUCCCCUAGUGAAACAGGAGCCUGCUUUAUCAAGAAAUCCACCUCUCAUGCCUCUCAUCCGACCUGCUAUCACCAUGCAUACCACCAGUGUGGCGAAACUCCAGUCUUCUAAUAAUACCGCAAAGAGGACUCUGGGUGUGAAGAGAAGUUUGGACGGUUGGUCUAAUAGAGCUAGUAAGGGUAGUAAUUCUUUUGUACCUCCAACGAGAAAGUUAUAA